AUGUUGAUAUUGGAUGGGGCUGCAGUCUGUGUUCAACUACUGGCUGCGGAAGAAAAGAAAUCACAGUCAAUUACCGAGUUUUGGGAGAAUAUCGCGUCUGCAGAAGAUCAGAGAAUGGCGGCUAUGGCUAGACGUAGAGUUGUGAUGGAAGAGCAUACUACCAAUGUUACGCAGUCGGUUUUCCAACAAGAUCAAGGUUAG